AUGGCUGACCUCAGGAUGCUCGUCAGUCCGCAGCAGAAGCUUUCAGACAGGAAUGCAGGUUUUGUUGUUGACUGUGAACGGGAGGUCACUUUGCAGGCAGAAGGCCCAGUUCUUCCUCAGCGGGACAAUAAAGACGCACCACCCCCCUCUGUCCCUCCCGCCCUCCCCCCUACGUCUUUGUCUGCCGGCCUGGCAGGUAACACCGAGCCUGAAAGAACUUUUGUUUUGGGCGAGGUUUAUAAAUGGAUCAAAGCCUGUUCGAUCCUGCUCAUCUUCUCACAAAUCCUUCUACAGACGAUGCUGGGCAACUCGGACGGAGCGAUGUUGUCGAGGCUGCUGGGACUCCUCGUCCUUUCCUCCCUCUGCUCAGCCAUGCUGCUACCAACCAACACCAACACCUCCAACGAGGUUAACAGAGAGGAGGACCCCAACACCCACCACUGGAACAGCAGCUUAGAAGAUAAGGAGUUUUCUGGUUCAAGUGAGUCGUCUGGCGAGAUAGGUCCCCCGUGGUUACCCGCCACCCGUAACUUGCCGAUGCCGGUGCCGGUGCCAAUGCCAAUGGACCCUGGAGGACCGUGGCUACCCGGUGGCAACAUGACUGAUCUCCGGGCAGGGCCCAUUGACCCGGCGAAGCCCCCCACGCCUAACACGGCGAUCUGUGACAUGUUGUUGAACGCACCAGUUCCGCCGCCUCUCGACCAGAUUCCUUUAUUCUGCAUCUGUUCGUACUGUAAGGGCACCGGGGGGCCCAAAGGAGACCGCGGAGACCGGGGUCCUCCAGGUAUGUAG